UCUAAAUGCUCAUACAUGUAACUAGUUGUUCACUGCGUCUAUUGAUGUGUUUGUAUUGCCGACGCCCGAAACGUGGAGUGUGCACCAAACCGCUUACAGCGACGCGGCAGCUGUGGCCCAAUCAGCGGCGCGGAAUUGGUCACCCAGGUCCAGCGUUCCCCGACUGAUAUUCGAGCGCCUUCUUCUGCUCGUUUCUGCUCUUCUUCUUAUCUGUUACUCUCUCCCCUCUUUCAAUCCUCUCAAGUCAGCUGUUGCUGCACCACUCUUUCCCCAUUUUGUUUCAUUUCAUUCCGCUCAGCUACCACACAACCAUCACAAUGGCCUCUGUAGCCCGAUCUGCCACCCGCGCCUUUGCCCGCUCUAACCCUGUCCGUCCUGCUGCUCGCAGCGCCCGAUUCGCCGUUCCCCUCCAGACCGUCCGUGCUUCUGGCCGCCGAGGAUACUCUUCCGAAGCUGAUGCUGGCAAGUCCAACAGCACCCUGUACUGGGGUAUCGGCCUGGCUGCCGCAGCUGGUGCUGGCUACUACUUCUACAGCAACGGCGAUGUAGCCAAAGCCUCUGGUCCUUUCGUGCCCACCAAGGACGACUACCAGAAGGUGUACGACGAGAUUGCCCGUCUGCUGGUCGAAAAGGACGACUACGAUGAUGGCAGCUAUGGACCGGUUCUUGUCCGAUUGGCAUGGCACGCCAGCGGCACCUACGACAAGGAGACCGGCACUGGUGGCAGUAACGGCGCUACCAUGCGAUUUGCCCCUGAGUCUGAGCACGGUGCCAAUGCUGGCUUGAAGACUGCUCGCGACUUCCUUGAGCCAGUGAAGGCCAAAUUCCCAUGGAUCACCUAUUCCGACCUGUGGACUCUUGCCGGUGUCACUGCUAUCCAGGAAUUGCAGGGCCCUGCCAUCCCAUGGAGACCUGGCCGACAGGACCGUGAUGUUUCCGCCUGCACUCCUGACGGACGUCUUCCCGACGCCGACAAGGACCACAAGCACAUCCGUGGCAUCUUUGGACGCAUGGGAUUUGAUGACCGUGAAAUUGUCGCCCUCAUUGGCGCUCACUCUCUCGGCCGUGCCCACGCUGACCGAUCUGGCUACGAUGGUCCUUGGGACUUCAGCCCUACUGUUUUCACCAACGAGUUCUUCCGUCUCUUGGUUGAGGAGAAGUGGGCCUGGAAGAAGUGGAGCGGACCUGACCAGUACACCGACAAGACCACCAAGACCUUGAUGAUGUUGCCUGCCGAUCUCGCCUUGAUCAAGGACAAGGAGUUCAAGAAACACGUCGACCGAUAUGCCAAGGACAGCGAGGUUUUCUUCAAGGAGUUCUCCGACGCUUUCGUCAAAUUGCUUGAACUUGGUGUUCCCUUCACCACUGACGAGCGCUGGGUAUUGAAGGCCACCUCCUAAACGUUCAACCAGCUUCCCAUUUUCUUUACCCACCGUCUCUGAUGUGUUUGGGGCUUUGUCUAGAUAUCCAAUUUGCAUUUCCAUUCGCUGGAGACAUUGUCUCUACUAGAAUUUAGAUUUAGAUUUAGAUGUUAGAGAGUGUCAUUUGCUGCGAUGUGUGACAUCGACUUUGUAUGAAACAGAUACCUUUACAAUACGAGUACUCAAUAUGAA